CCAUGAAGUUAAGAAUAGACACUGGAGAGCAACUCAGCAGCCAACAAGCGAAUGGGAACUAACAACAUUUGAAUACUUUAGUCAUAAAGAUUUUAAAGAACAAAACAAACAUAAUGAAGUUACUUCUACUGCUCAUCCUCUCACUAAUGACAGGUUGUGAGCUGCUGUCAGAAGAGAAGAUUUGCACAAAAGGAUGGGUUGAAUUCACCUGCAACCAAAACACAACUAGAAAAUGUCAAAUGACUAAGGCUUCAACAACUGAGCAAAACACUCUCAGAGUGAUCAUUAAGCAACAUCAGACGAAGAAUUCAUCAGCUGACAGCGAGGAAUUAGAAUUUAAAAUUGCAAAACAAUGCCCAAAAGCAUUUCAUCAAAUUCCAUACAGGACAGCUAAAACCACCAUCAGAUGUGAUUAUCCAGAAGACAAAUACAAGUCGUGGAUCAAGUUUUUCUGCAAAGGGGAAGGUUUCACCUGCGAGGACAAUUUAUCAACAAAAUCUUAUCCAAAGUCAAACAGGACAUUCACUCCCUCAAACAUCAGCCAUAGCUUCAAUAUGUCCAUCAGUAAUGUGUCCUCUCAGGAUGAUGGUAUUUACUGGUGCGGCGUAAGAUCACCUGAGGGGAUUCGUCAUGCUGCACUCACAAAAAUAAAACUAAGUAUUAAAAAUAUUAAGAGCUUCACAAGAUCACCAGCUGUUGGAGAGAACUUCACGUACUGGUGUAAAUAUAACCAGACUCUCUCAAAUUAUACAAAAUUUAUCUGUAAGGGAGAAGAUCCAUCUAUAUGUAAACCUUUAGUAAGCACCAGAGAUCCCAAUAGGAACAAGAGGUUUUGGCUGAAUGACAAUAAAGAGAAGAAAAAUAUCACCAUGACAGUGAGAGAAGUGACAGCGGACGACAGUGGGACAUACUGGUGUGGAGCAGAAAGCACCAAUGAACACCGAAGUAACAGGUUCUUCAACAGAUUGUCCCUGACUGUAGGACCCACUGCAUCUGCUGAGAGUCAUGGCAUUUCUGACGUUGGAAUAGUUCUAAUCAUAAUAACUGGGUUGGUGUUUCUGGUUGUUUUCAUCCUUGUCUACAGACGUAAGAACUUUCACUAAAUCCUUUGUAC